AUGGACCUGGUCUGGGCGAACGUUUCGAACUGUUCGUCUAACUGCACGUGGGAUGCUAACGGUAAUGCUAACCUUUAUACUUCGGCACCACCUGUUGCCAUUUUCCCCAUCCCGGUCCUCAUAGGUGUAACGGUCACCUGCGUGCUCUUCUUCCUCGCAGGGGUGGUAGGAAAUUUGACCACCAUCAUGGUGGUGCUCAAGUACAAAGAGAUGCGCACUACGACCAACCUCUACCUGUCGAGCAUGGCGUUCUCGGACCUGCUGAUUUUCCUGUGCCUGCCGUUAGACCUGUACCGGAUGUGGCGGUACCGACCGUGGACGUUGGGAAACGCACUGUGCAAACUUUUCCAGUUUGUCAGCGAAUGUUGCACCUACUCCACCAUCUUGAACAUGACUGCACUGAGCGCAGAGCGAUACUUCGCCAUCUGCUUCCCCCUCAGGGCCAAAGUGGCGGUGACAAAGCGGCGUGUACGUGGGCUUAUCCUAGCACUUUGGACUGUGGCCCUGUGCAGCGCCGGACCCGUGUUUGUGCUGGUGGGUGUUGAGCAUGAGAAUGGCACCGACUGGCGCGAGACAAGCGAGUGCAAGGCCACAAAGUACGGCGCACGGACGGGCCUGCUGAGCGCCAUGGUAUGGGUCUCGAGCGGGUUCUUCCUGCUGCCCGUCUUCUGCCUGACUGUGCUGUAUGGCCUGAUCGGACGCAAACUCUGGAGGAGGAAGAGGAGAAGAAGGGAGAGGAUGAAAAGCAGGGACAGCAGCAACAAGCAGACCAUCAAGAUGCUCGCCGUGAUGGUGUUUGCCUUCGUACUCUGCUGGCUCCCGUUCCACGUGGGCCGCUACCUGUUCUCAGCUUCUCCAGAGGCGUUCGCGUCCCCCUUAUGGUCUCUGGUGUCUCAGUACUGCAGCCUCGUCUCCUUCGUCCUUUUCUACCUCAGCGCUGCAAUCAACCCCAUCCUCUACAACGCCAUGUCUAAGAAGUACAGGAACGCCACGCUGCGUCUCUUCAGCCACAGCUCACCAAGCUUCACAGAGUCCAGCAUCAGCUGCUGA